GGGUGCCAUCAUGGUGACUGCUGAGUACUUCUUCAGGCUGUCCCUUUGCGCCUUGCUGAUUCAGCUUGCCCAUGGCUAUCCAAUCAAAGGGUUCGAACACGAUGAACAGAGCAGUAGUGACUCUGAUCAUUCUGCCUCUCACCAUGGUGAAGCUGGUGGCUACUAUGCACCCAUGUCUUACAGUGAAUCCAGACAUGUCUCUAGCCCAGUGCAAGGUUACAGCCCCUCCCAGUAUGUCUACAGAGAUGCAGCAAACUAUAUGCCUGGAGCAGGAUACCCUGAUGCUGCCUAUAUGCCUGGCUAUCCCAGUUCAUCACAGACUGAAGCUGCCCAGUCUAGUCCACCUGAAAUUAAGUGGUCUGUGGCGCCUAAAAUCUUCUCUGAAGAGGGAUUGGCCAACACUGAGGCUGUCGGCUCUGGUAAUUUUGUCCCAGCUCCCCCUCCUCCUGCACCGUAUGGUCCUGUCCUCCAGUCUGGAGAGACUUCCAAUGUUGUGAAGGAAGCUGAACUUGGCAACUACCAGCAGGAAACUGAAGAACUUGGCUACCCAUCUGGCCAUUUGGGAUCUAGUUUUGCAAGCCCAUUUCUGCCAAUUGUUGGUUUGGGGGGUUACCCUGGUUUAUACCCAUACCCCUAUUCUUAUCCAGCGUUUGACUUAAGGCUCCUGUAUGGCCUGCACCCCCCUGGCACUUACACCACGUUGAGCAAAAACCAUGAGAAGGGCAAGGACUACGAUCAGGAUGUUCACUACUUGAGAGAACAUGGCCCUCUGGAAAUUUCUGGUGGUUAUGGACAGGAGAAGAAAAUCUUCCAAUUGACACCUUAAAGCUCUUUAUGCAAGUUCAAGAAACUAGGCAAAUUGUCUGGUUCUGUUUUCUUGACUGAAUUUUGCUUUGACUUUCAUAUUGCAUACAAGGAGGAUUAUGGCAUUGGUUCAAUAAAGUUAAUGGAUCUAUUCUGGAUUAUUGUGGAACCAUUUGAAUGUUGUAACAAUGUUUUAAAAAAAAAAAAAG